AUGGAUCCGCUUUCGCCGCAAAUGCGCCUCCUGUCCAUGACCAGGAUGGCCCUAACCCUCGGUCCAGGUCUGGCGUUCCUCCUCUACCUACAUUCCGGCACCAUUUCGUCCAGACCCGACAUUUUAGAUCUGGAUAACCGCGUCAGAGACAUUCCAGUAACCCACAUCAACAGAACGUACGAUUUCGUGAUAGUCGGGGGCGGCAGCGCCGGCGCCGUUCUAGCCAAUAGGUUAAGCGAAAAUCCCGCUUGGGAGGUGCUUCUGAUAGAGGCAGGUCCGGACGAGACGACCUUAACAGACAUGCCUCUGAUGUUUCCCACGCUCCAGCUGAGCCCGUUGGACUGGCAGUACAAGACGGAGCCCGGAGAAAACUACUGCUUGGGGUUGAACGAGGGGCGAUGUAACUGGCCGAGGGGCCGGGUGCUCGGGGGCUCGUCCGUAUUGAACGCCAUGAUGUACGUUAGAGGAAACCGAAAGGAUUACGACAGGUGGAAGGAAAUCGGUAAUCCAGGUUGGAGUUACGAGGAUGUGUUGCCGUAUUUCAAAAAAUCCGAGGAUAUAAGAAUCAAGGAAUUGACAAACGACGAAUUCCACGGAACGGGUGGAUAUUUAACCGUGGAAAAUUACAGGUAUCACUCGCCUCUAGCCAAGUAUUUUUUGGACGCGGCCGAAGAAAUGGGUUACGAAAUUAGGGACAUGAACGGACGAUUUCAAACCGGAUUCAACGUGCCCCAGGGCACUCUCAGAGACGGUCUCAGAUGCAGCACCGCCAAGGCCUUCAUACGCCCCGUUUUCAAGAGGGAAAACCUGCACAUCACUCUUCAUUCCACGGUGAAAGAAAUCUUAAUCGACAAAGAUCGAAAGCAAGCCAACGGAGUGGUACUAAGGAAAUUCGGUACCACAGUGACAGUGCACUGUGAAAGGGAAGUUAUCUUAAGCGCCGGUUCGCUGGUCUCCCCACAACUGCUCAUGCUGGCCGGAAUAGGCCCCGAGAAACACCUAAAAGACAUCGGCAUCGACGUGUUGGUCGAUUCUCCCGGAGUGGGCUUCAAUCUACAGGACCACGCCGCUGUAGGAGGCGCCACGUACGUGUUCGAAAGACCAUCCGGCUUCUCCGACGAACCUCUAACGUUCCAGUUACCGCACAUGUUCUCCACGGAAACCGUCAACAAUUUCACGCAAAACGAGCGAGGACCCGUCUACUGGCUGCCCGUCUGCGAGGUGAUGGGCUUCGUCUCGACCAAGUACCAGAACUCGAAGUUCGACUGGCCCGACGUGCAGCUGUUCCUCUCCACCGCCGCCGACAGCUCGGACGGUGGAUUGUUCGGCAGACGAGCCGAGGGCUUGACCGACGAGCUGUUCAGCGCCGUUUACGAGCCCCUCAUCUACAAGGAGGCCUUCAACGUGUACGCUUUGCUGAUGCGACCCAAGAGCCGAGGCAGGAUCAUGCUCAAGGACAAAGACCCCUCGUCCAAAGUGCUCAUUUACCCGAACUACUUCGACAAUAAGGACGAUUUGAAGGUUAUAAUAGAAGGCGCGAAAAUUGGUCAUAAAUUAAUGAUGACCAAAGCCAUGCAAACGUUCAAUGUCACAUUCAAUCCGUUCAGGAUACCGGCCUGCAAACACCUGGAGCUCUUCACCGACGAGUACUGGGAGUGUCACGUGAAACAAAUCACCCUGACCAUUUACCACCCCGUGGGUACGGCGAAGAUGGGGCCGGAUAGCGAUCCUAAAGCAGUGGUGGACGCGAGACUGAAAGUUAAAGGUGUGGAGAAUUUGAGGGUGGUUGACGCUUCGAUUUUCCCUUACAUACCCACCGGGAACACGAACGCGCCUACUAUAAUGGUUGCGGAAAAGGCGGCGGACAUGAUCAAGGAAGAUUGGGGAUUCGUGGGGACCACAGAAUCGGAAACGAAUAAGAGUAAAUUACGGGAGGCUAUUGAGGAAGUCGAGGAGAAACGAGCGAUUUUGCGAAAGGUCGAAAUCAAACAGCCGGAUCUCGAUUAUUGGUAG